AUGGACCCCAACAGCUCCCUCAGGUUCCAAAACCUGCCCUUUGACAUUCACUUCGAAGUAGCAAAGCAGCUCGACUACCCCGGAAUCGUCAACCUCGCCUCUACAAACCGCUUCUUCCACCAGAUCCUUGACCCCAUCGCCAUCCUCUCCAGGUCUGAAGUCGCCGACUUUUGCGAGAACCAGGAUCGUCACUUUCGAGAGAUUGGAAAAGAGCUAUUCGCCUGCUACAAGUGCUUUCGUUUCUUUCCAAAGAAAAAGUUUGGGCGUCCUGCUUGGUUUGGCCAGGACGCGUGGCAGAAUCGCUUCUGUCUUGACUGUUCUGGCAAGUUGAAGCACUAUAAGCACGGCGAGGGUAUCUGGAACGGGACAAGAGACGUAAAGUACUACUUUUGUCACAAUUGCUGUCGGUAUCAGACAAAGUCUACCAAGUGUCAGAGCAAUCUUCUCGAUGAGAGUUCCAGCGAGGACGAGGUUGCUGAGGCCUUGGCCCUCUGCACAAAGUCUCCUCGUCGAGAAUGCCAAGGACUGGAAACACUCCCAACACACAUCAUGUUCAACAUUGCUUCUUUCCUGGACUUUCACGAUGUUCUUCGUCUCGCCCAGGCAAGUUACACCCUCAGCGACAUUGUCAAGCCAAAUAGCUGGGUCUCUCUGCCUACCCGCUACCGCUUCGUUCGGGACAAGUGGACAAAGGACGUGGCAGACCUAGAGUUCUCCAACAUUGAGAACUUCCCCUGCUACAUGUGCUUCCGCAUCCGUCCAAAGGCAAAGUUCCCCUGGAAGCAGCUUGAGAUGGCCGAGAAGGAGCCAGACACGGCGUGGAAGAUGCGCUGCCAGCGGUGCGUGGCCAUGAUGGGUUGCAGCAACAAGAGUCUCACGCGUAUCGAGCACCGACGACGAGAAAUGUGCGAAGUUUGCAAGUGCAUCAAGCACACGAGGCAGCCGUGCCGCGGGUGCAUGGAGCUCUACGUCCAAGGGGCUCUCGAUCGCGAGGCCGUGAAUCCAGAGGAGGAAGACAUUUUCGACGGGUUGGAUAUCGUAUUCGAUGAAGAUAGAUUGGCGAGGGAGGCGAGGGAAGCGAAGGCGUUUAGAGAGACGUGUUUUGUUUGGGAGGAGUUCGGCGCUUGGGGCGAUAUGUGA